CGUGUGGGGGGCGGAGGUGGACGAGGAGGAGGAGGAGGAUCUCUCCCCGUAAGUUUAGUUUGCCCUUUGCGGGAGAUGAGAUUGAGCCGCAGCGAAGCGGCCGAAAGACCAGCGAGGACGGGAGGAGCGAACUUCGGUGCGAGCUCGGCGGAACCUGCUGAAUCCGGACUCGUGUGCGGGCGAUGGACGCGUCGGUGUAGCGCAGUCUGCGGCGGAUCCCCGGCUCGCGCUAGCGGCGCGACUCCAGGCGGCUCCGAAGGACGCCAUAUCUGGGCAAAGUAUUCGCUGCUGUCACCGGCGGGACCGUCCGGCUAUAAAUAGCGCAGGAGGAGGAGAUCUGUAGGCACUCGGCUGCCCGUGCUGUUACUUUACCUGGGGUAUCUGGGGUCACAAGUUUUUAUUGCAGGAUCCUACAUUUAGAAUUUUCCUGUGAAGGGGUUAUUAAGGUGUGCUGUUCAACAUGUCGACGCUGAGGAAGGAGAUGGAGAAGUACAGGGACGUAGACGAAGACGAGCUGCUGAAGAAGCUGACAGAUGAGGAGCUGCAGCGGUUGGAGGACGAACUAGAAGAGCUGGAUCCGGAUAAUGCGCUGUUGCCAGCUGGGAUGCGGCAAAAGGACCAGACUAAGAAAGCUCCCACAGGAACGUUCCAGAGAGACAACCUCCUGGCCCAUCUGGAGAAACAGGCCAAGGAACACCCUGACAAGGAAGAUCUGGUCCCGUUCACAGGGGAGAAGAGAGGCAAAGCUUGGGUCCCUAAGAAGAGGGUGGACCCCAUCAUAGAGAGCGUGACUCUGGAGCCGGAGCUAGAAGAAGCCCUGGCAAGUGCUACUGAUGCUGAACUGUGUGAUAUUGCAGCCAUCCUGGGCAUGCACACCCUGAUGAGUAACCAGCAGUAUUAUGAAGCACUGGCCAGCAGCACCAUAGUCAACAAGCAAGGCCUCAACAGCGUGAUCCAGUGCACCCAGUAUAAACCAGUCCCCGAUGAGGAGCCCAACUCCACCGACGUAGAGGAAACGCUGCUCAGGGUGAAGAGGAAUGAUCCCGACCUGGUUGAGGUCAACCUCAACAACAUCAAGAACAUCCCCAUCCCGACUCUCAAGGCCUACGCUGAGACUCUGAUGAAGAACACCGUGGUGGAGCGGUUCAGCAUCGUCGGAACCCGAAGCAACGACCCCGUGGCCUUUGCCCUGGCGGAGAUGCUGAGGGUGAACACGACGCUGAAGAGCCUCAACAUCGAGUCCAACUUCAUCACGGGGACGGGAGUCCUGGCCCUCAUCGAGGCGCUCCAGUACAACACCACGCUACAGGAGCUCAAGAUAGACAAUCAGAGCCAGCCGUUGGGCAACAAGGUGGAGAUGGAGAUCGCCAGCAUGCUGGAGAAAAACACCACGCUGCUGAAGUUUGGCUACCACUUCACCCAGCAGGGCCCGCGCCUCAGAGGCUCCAACGCCAUGAUGAACAACAACGACCUGGCCCGGGUCGUCAGGUCAGAGUCUGACGGCUCCAUCACCUUCACUUUGUCUGUGCCUGAGCUGGAGAGGGCCUUCGGGAAGAAGUUCAAGUCCAAAGCGAAUAAGAAAGAGAAGGCUUGAGGGAGGACCCAUCUUCCCCAAGUGCCGGACGAAUGUGUAGAAGCCAGAGAGCUAUCUUCAGUCCUCUCUGUGUCUUGGACCCCAGUCAUGUGGAUGAAACCUUCUCCAGCCUCGAACCCUCCGACGGCCCAAAGCACCGUGUCCUUUAUAUCUACUGUAUGUCGGGCUCUAGGCUCUUUUUCACUGGAUACCUUAGCAUUCAGAGGGACUGAUUGGCUGUGUCUUUAAAAGUUAAACGGAGGCUAUUUUCAUGUGUUUAUCAACUUGGGUUCUAGACUUGGACAAUAUUAUCAGUAUGAAACAAUCAAGCUUUGAUGAGGUUCUAACGUGUCUAGAAACCAUGAGCGAAGCUGGAGAUCUGGCUUUGAUUAAAGGUUGUUGCUCCAGUGUAUUUUCUACUAAACACCAAAGCUAAAGACAUAUUUAAUAAAAACAGACAGAAAUUAAUACCUCGGAGAAAAACUUUGAAAUCAGAUUUUGACCUGGUUGUGAAAAUCUGACAAAACAGUAUUUUUCCUUUUCUGUGUAAACAAAGCCAGUCCUCAAGCACCACUGCCCUCAUCCAGCUUCUAAUGAACUGAUCAGAUCCAAAUUAGCAGCUGUAAGUAGAGCAACAGGGCAGUGGAGAUUGAGGAUCGUGACUGAGAACUAAACAUCCAAGUCUGUCAGUUUUAUAGAAUCUUUAGUAAUGGACAUAUUUUUAAACAUGGCUACUGGGAGAUUAGUCGCUAAAUCCAAAAUAUAUUUAUUAUAGCAAACUGUUGAAAGAGUCAAAUCCAUUCAUACUUGAUUUAAUUUGGAUUGGCUAUGCUGAACAGGGUAAAAAUGAAUGUACACUCUUUUAACCGGCUGCUACUGUAGAUGAGUAGUUUCUAAAGAUUGUAAGAAUCAAAAAAAUUGCCUUAAAACCUACAAGUGAUUGAAUGGGUUUCUCUUUAGCUUUCAACAGCAGUCUGGCUUGUUGGUUGUUUGUGUUUGUUUUUCAAAGUGUGCUUUAACAUGGAAUUGUUAGUACUGUUGACUAUAUAGACACAUUGAUGCCUCAAUCCAGGUGUGGAGUACUUCUGUAAUGGAUUUUCAAACACAUAAAACCUCUAAUGUCUUUACAGUCGUCAGAGAACACGUUUAUGUUUAUUGAGGACAUGUUAACUGACCAUUUGAAGCUUCACUCCGCUUCUUACGAGCGUUCAGCUGUAACAGGUCUUAACUCACACUCUGACCCUGGAUUGAUCCAUUCAGUUCACAGAGAUGUUCUCAUCAUUGGUCUGUGUGUACAGUAAGUUUAUGUCCUUGUUGCCAUCUCCGUUGGCCGAAUGCACGUUCUCGCAGCAGGAACUUUGAAGAUUAAAGCGCAGAGAAAACAAGUGGGCUUAGCUGCUGCUCUCUAUCCAGCAGUUGGAGCUAGAAUUUCCCUCUACAGGAUAAAUCACAGGACAUGAGCUGCACUUUUUCCUGGCUCGGAAUAAAAGGUAUCUGGAUUCAAUUUUUUAGGAAAAGGAGCAAACCAGCAGUCACUGAUCCUUUUAUCCCUCCUUCAUGAAAGUGAGUUGCUGUGUCUGAUAUGUGUCAGAUCUAAGGGUUGGAAAGAUGGGAUGUUCACACAGUGUCACUGCUUUGUUUCUUUCCCAUCAGCGCCAUGUGUGAUCGUCAUGGUAAUUAUGGAUGUAAACAUUUGUUAAAGGAGGAGCAACUAGAUGCUGGAGAACUUUGGUCCUGCCACUCAGUCUUUGUGUGUCCUGAUCUGUCUGGUGUUCUCUGAUAUGUUAGUGUUUUGUUUGAGAUUUCACCUUUUUUCGUUGAAUCGUUGUUUAUGAAGCAAAUAAAGCUUGAAAUACUGA